AUGACGCACGCCCCCCUUGAGGGCGGGGCGGUGAGCGUGGUGACGUCACAAGCCACGCCCCAUUCGCCUCAGGGAGCCAAGAUGGCGGCGAUGCUGAGGGUGGUCCGGUUGCAGGCGUUGCGGGGCCCGCCCUGGCCAUGGAGACCCCCGGUGGGGCCUGCGGCGGCGAGGAGAGGGCUGGCCGGCGGCGGUGCGGAGCCUGGCCUCACAGCCCCUAUAGCACCUAUGGGUCCGAGCCCCCCACUUAUGGGUCAGACCCCCCCCGCUCCACCUCCGAGCCCCCCACUUGUGGGUCAGGACCCAUCCCUUAUAGCCCCAAGCCCUUCGCUGCUGCCUCCGUCCCCACCUGCUGCUAUGGGGCAGGACCCCCUGUCUAUGGGGCAGUCUAUGGGUCUGGCCCCACACGCUAUGGGGCCGGGCGCCCCUGAGGUUCGCCUGGAGGAGCUGGGCCUUGGGGCCUGCACCCCUGUGGGGCUGGUGCAGAACUUCCUCCAGUUCCUACACCUCGAUGUGGGGCUGCCCUGGUGGGGGGCCAUUGCUGCAGGAACCCUAUGCGUUCGGGUGGCCCUAUUGCCCCUAUUGCUUCGGGCCCAGCGCGAGGCUGCAGUCCUGGCCCUACACACCCCCCGACUACAGCAGCUCUCCAAGGGGCUGGCCCAGGCCCGGAGGGGCAGCGACCAACGGGAGGUGGCCCGUGCGUACACGGAGCUGGUUGGGUAUCAGCAGAGGCACAACCUGAACCCACUGCGGGGAUUCCUGGUGCCCCUGGUGCAGACCCCAGUGUUCGUGUCCUUCUUCCUGGCCCUCCAAGGGAUGGCAGCGGCUCCGGUGCCUGGGCUGCAAUGGGGGGGACUGGGCUGGUUCCAGGACCUCAGUGCCCCUGACCCCUAUUACCUGCUGCCCGUGCUGGUGACGGCAUCUAUGGGGCUGGUGCUCGAGCUGGGGGCGGAGACAGGAGUGUCCAGCCCGGGGGGAGGGGCCAUGAGGCAGCUGCUGAGGCUGCUGCCCCUGAUCUGCCUGCCCUUCAUCCUGCACUUCCCCACGGCCAUCUUCACCUAUUGGCUGACGUCGAACUCCUUCAGCCUAUUGCACGUGGCCUUACUGAGGGUGCCGGCGCUCAGGGCCCGCCUGGGGCUGCCCCCCCCCGUUAAAGGGGGGGGGGUGACCCCGGGGGGGGGAGGGGAGAAGAAGGGGCUGAUAGCCAGGAUGAAGCAGGAGUGGCGCGAGGCUCAGGCUCUCCAGCAGGGGGAGCAGCGACAAUGGCGCCAACGGCACCACCUGGACAUGGCCGCCAAGGGUCCCCUCCGCCAGACCUUCGCCAGCAACCCCUUGGCCCCCCCCACCCCUCCCCCGCCCCCCCCCCUCGCCUCCCAAGCAGCCAUGGAAGGAGACAUUGGGUGGUUUAUGGAUGGCAAGAUGGCGGCGCCCUAG